AUGGAGUCGUCCACACAGAGAGCCGAAGCAGAGCGUCAGCGGCGGCUCGAGAUUCGCAGGCAGAUCAAAGCCUUGCAAGCUGAACUGACAGAUCUUCCCAGUGACAGCGUCUUGCUGUCGCCCGAGCGAAAACGCACUGGAUCCGUUUUGCUUGCACCGUCUACGCCAUCUCCCAGGAAGAAAAGGCGACUUGGACACGGGUCGGAUCCAGGACGUAAGCUGGCCUCCAAAGGGAGUGUGAGCAAUCCACGGCCACAGGAAUCAAACGAACAGGCCAAUACGACCAGCCAUACAUUUGCGCCACCGCCUGUAGUCCCCCAACACUUGAAGCCUCCACCGUCAAACGUCCUUCAGAAACUUUCAAAUCUCCGCAACCAGUCUGGUGAACAGUCAACACCUUUAUAUAACCGAUCCUCUAGUCUAUCUGAGAAGCCCCAACCUCGAUCCGAUGUGACCGUGGCGAGGCAACCCGUCCACGAGGUUUCUCAUGAGUCCUCCCACUCUGUACCCGAAAGGGAUGACAGUCUCGCGAUUGUGGAGGAACUGCGGAUGGGCCCUAUGGAUCACAAAGCACCACCGGACGACCCUCUUUUCGACCACUUCGAGCCCAAUUCCGGCAUCCGUCUUUCCACGAGGUCACUUUCGCAUGAAGACCUCCAGGAAUAUCUCCGCGGCCGUUACUACCUUUCUCCGUCUCGCCUAUAUUCCUGCAUUCGCCUCCUCCCAAACAAAUCAGGGUAUGAUGUUCCGGUGGAGGGUGACUGGGUGACGAUUGCUGUAGUCGCUGAACGCGGGCCGGUUCGCGUCAGCCGUGCACCCGUCAGUGCCGAACCUGGGGAUGACGGUCAUGCUUCGGACAACGGAACUAGUAGUGCAUUAGAGCCCCGUGAAAGGCUGACCAAGAAACAAAAUCACCCACCCAAGCCUCACGGGAAAAAGUACGUGAAUAUGAAGCUGAUAGACUUUGGAGCCCGUUCUAGAUCUUCGGCAACGGGGGGAAAGGCAACUCUACGAGGGGACGCAUUUUUGUCGUUGCUGUUGUUUGAAUCGGAUGGUUUCGAUAAGGUCAAGCAAGAUGAUGGGACGGAACGCAAGAUAUACAAAGGUGGCAGUAGAGGGGCGUACGAGGCCAUGUCAAAGCUCAAAGAAGGGGAUGUGAUCGCAAUCUUGAACCCCAGGGUAUUGAAACCAUAUCAGCGCUCUGACGACAAUCCUCAUCCGACAAACAACAUUCUUGCUGUUACUCCGGAAUCUGCAGGUUCCAUCGCAUUUAUUGGACGUGCGAGGGACCUUGGCAUGUGCAAAGUCACGAAGCGCGAUGGGACCGUUUGUGGAAGCUGGACCGACAAGCGCGUGAGCGAGGUGUGCGACUGGCACUUGACAAAUGCUGUUCAGAGACAACGUGCAGGUCGUGCAGAAUUUUUUGUAGGAACGUCGGGCAUGUCAACCUCUGCAGCGCGGAAACGUAAAGGGGAUUACGACCCAUCCCGUCAAUGGGGUUUGAAACCUGAGCCGACUUCAAAUGAUUCAACUUAUGUCGUAUCUGGUCAUGUAGUCGGCGGGUCAGCGGGUAAUUUGUUUGUCUCGGAAAGAUUGGGCCGUGAGGCACAAGCCAGGGCGAAGCGUCAGUUGGAGAAGAAUGCUGACCGGGAACUCAAGACACUACUGGAGCGGGACAAGGAGGGCAUGAAGGCAGUCACAAAAGCCCGGGAAUACGCUGCCCAGAUGUCCAAGUCGUCCAAGGCAACAUCCAAAGGGAAAGUUGACAAGGGCAAACAGAAGGCGCGAGACCUAUUAUCAACAGGUGACGAGGUGAACACGUCGGUUGCAGAAGUUUCGUCUUCAUCUGUGAAGCAAGCAUACUCGGCGAGCAUAAUAAAACAGCUUGGAUUUGAUCCCGCUGCUAAAGUUGGAAAGCGGGGGGAUGAUCCUUGCUUGCAGAAGAAGAUAGAUGCAUUGACUGCAGUCCAGUCAACCAGGAAGAACAUAGACCUCGGUCCGCGACCCGGUCCGAAGGUUCGAUCAGGUGUGUCCGUUCCAGCUUUUAUGCUGGGGAAGGCAGAGGAUAUCGACGAAUGGAGACAUACUCUAAAGUCCCGACAAUGUGCAUUCGGGAGAUGA